GCCACAUGGUUAAAUUGGUUGUUUCAUGGAGAAGCAGGGAGGGACAAGAAGCAAAGAGAAUGAGGUGGGGAAAACAAGUAGAAAGGGAGAGCUUAGGACUCCCCUUCAGGCAUCCGAACAAGUCUGGACUAUUCUGCUGCUGCUUGUGUUCAGCUGGCAGCCUCGGGAAUCAAAAACGGUGUUACUGUCUCCUACAGAGAUGCAGCGUCCGGAGUUAAGUUAUUAAGCAAACUUAUACUGUACAGUGGAUAGUCGUGGAGUGGGCUUUUUGAAGCAGUGACACUGGACAGCGGUGACUGGGAAUACUACUGCACGGAGGGCUAAGGCUGGAUAUGCCACAGGUGGAAAGGUGAGGAGCGGCAGGCUGUGGCCCCGGUGCACGCUACAGAGAUCCCCAGGUUGUGAAGAUGCGGAGCUUGUUUUUCACUGUGACUGUCCUGCUGUCCUCCAUGAACCGGGCUGAUGCUCAGGGCAGAUGUGAUAAUGUGCAAGCGGCAGAUAUCGUUUUCCUGGUUGAUGGCUCUUCCAGUAUUGGCCGAGCUAACUUUCUGCAGGUGAAGGGCUUUAUGGCUGGAAUCGUCAAGCCAUUUGCCAACUCUGUCAGCAAUUCAGGGAUACGGUUUGGGGCCAUACAGUACAGUGACACCUCCAGAGUUGAAUUUACAUUUACUACCUACGUGGUUGGCACUGAGCUGGUCAACGCUGUAGAGAAUCUGAACUAUAAGGGGGGAAACACACGCACUGGUGCUGGUCUCAAGUUUGUCGCUGACAACUUCUUCAACCCUGCGUCCAGUCGUAAUGUCCCAAAGAUUACUAUCCUGAUAACAGACGGAAAGUCACAAGACAGCGUGCAGGAACCAGCACAGAAGCUGCGUAGUCAAGGAGUACAUGUUUUUGCGGUUGGUGUAAAGAGUGCAGACAGGAAUGAAUUGGCACAGAUCUCCUCCCAGCCCAGCAGUGAUUUCACCUCCUUUGUUGGGGACUUCAAACUGCUAAACACACUUCUUCCUCUUGUGAGCCCCCAAGUGUGUUCCAGAGCAGGAGGAGUCUAUGCUAGUGAUGAGGCAUUUUCUGGUCCGUCCAACAUUCAGUUUACAGGCCAGACGUCUGAUACCCUCAGGUUUCGCUGGAGUGCAGCAGGGGGGCCUUUGACUGGCUAUGUAGUCCAGUAUGUGCCACUUUCUGGCCUGGGUCAGCCAAUCACAGCAGAACUGCGUCAGGAGACUGUCCCUGUCACUCAGAGGACCUUUACUGCACAAGAGCUGAGGUCAGGAACCGACUACCUGGUGACUAUUAUUGCCCAAUACCCCAACAGUGUGGGGGAGUCUGUUUCUGCCAAGCAACGAACCAGGUCUUUGCCUGGGGUCACCAGUCUACGCCUGGUCCAGGCAGGCUUCUUCUCUCUCUCUGUGGGCUGGGCUCAGCCUUCGUCUCCUGUACAGGGCUACAGACUCACCUAUGGACCACGAGGUCAGGCACACACACACAUACCUCUGUUUCUAUAUCCUUUCACUCAGUCUGUGGAGCAGUCUCUGUCUGCAGACUCCACCUCUGUCACAUUGGAGUCACUUCAGCCUGACACAGAGUACGUCGUCAGCCUCUUUCCCCUGUUCCCUCGAAACUCGGCAUCCCCGUCCAUUCUCAAUGCCCGCACAUUGCGCCUUGAGUCAGUGCAGCAGUUAACAGUGGAGACGGAGUCGGAGGGCAGUGUCCGUGUGGGGUGGAGAGGCGUCAGUGGUGCACGGGCCUACCGUCUGGUCUGGGGACCAUUUACAGGUCGAAAUGUCGAGACGGUGGAGGUUGCUGGUGACAGAGAGUUCCACACUUUGUCCAGACUGCAGUUCGACACUGAGUACAUUGUCACCAUCAUCCCGCUUUAUGAGGGCAACACGGAGGGCCCUGUAGCAACGGCCAGGUUCAAGAUAGACCGUCAGGAGCAGCAGUUGCUCAGAGCAGCUACCACCAGCCCCUCCACUAUUCGCCUCACCUGGAGACUCAUUCAGUCAUCUCAAGGGUACCGCCUAGAGUGGAGAGAGGGGGAAGGAGGCCGCGUCCAGAGCCGGACCUUUCCUAGAACCACUACCAGCUAUGAGCUAACCGGCCUUCAGCCCAACACAGAAUAUAUCAUCACCCUGUACACUCUGUUCGAAGGUCGGGAGGAGGCCACACCUGUCUCCACCACAUCCAUAGAGGAACAGCCAGUGGGGAGAGUGUCCAACUUGAGAGUUGUGGAGUCUCUGGGCAGUACUGCGAGACUUGGCUGGACGGGUGUAGCCGGGGCCACACAGUACCGCAUCAUCAUCCUGAACACAGAAGCCGGAUCAGAGGAAAUACGGAUUAUCCCUGGAAACCAGACAAUCCUUGACCUCAGAGACCUGGCAGUGGGAGUGUCUUACGGUGUCAGUGUCACAGCGCUGGUGGGAGAAAAUGAAGGAGACCCAGUUACUGUCUACAUCAAACCUGAGCAAGGUGCUGGAAGAGUGACUAACCUCAGAGUCACAAACAAAAACAGUCGGAGACUUCGAAUCGCCUGGACAGGUGCUACUGGGGCAACAGGUUACAGAGUUACUUGGAGACAAGGCAACAGUGCAGAGCAGUUCCGUAUUGUUGGGGCGGAGGUCACAGCCUUCACUAUAGACGGCCUGCAACCAGAUGAGGUGCUGGUUAUUGGUGUUGCAUCUGUGGUUGAUCAACGUGUGGGAGAGGCGGUCACGCUGUCUACUCGGACUAACCCCAAUGGUGGAUCAGUGUCUGGCCUUCGCAUCGUUGAAGUCACAUCUCAGAAGAUACGCAUUGCAUGGUCACAGUCUACUAGGGCAACUGGCUAUAAGGUCAUUUGGCGCCGUGAUGAUGGAGUUGAAACAACUCGUAUCUUGCCCGCCGACGUCUCUUCCUUCACCAUUGAUGGACUACAGUCGGAUUCAGCCUACAGCGUCUUAGUUUCUUCCCUUACUGGCUCUCGAGAGGGAAGUCCAUCCACCCUGAGCAUCAGAACAGAGUCAGAUCAGUCUGUGGUUGGGACUGUGACGUCACUGCAAGUCCAGGAGGCACGUGGAGAGGUUGUCCGUGUCACUUGGGUUGGUGUGCAGGGAGCAACGGCUUAUCGUGUGUCUUGGAGAAGAAUGGACGGUGGUCAAGAGAGAAGUCAGCUGGUGGGGGGAGAUGUGACAACAGUGGAUUUAGACCAGUUGGACCCCGGAGCCCAGUACGAGGUGCAGGUCAUGGCUUUAGUUCAAAACAGAGAGGGAACCCCUGUGUCUGUCAGAGUCACCACACCUGGUGCCCCCACCCCCUCAGUACCUACGACAACUUUACGAGUGGCGGAAGUUACCCGGAAUUCUAUGCGGCUUGGCUGGACUCCAGUACCAGGUGCCACAGGAUAUAUACUACGCUGGCGAGAGAUGGGUGGAACAGAUUUUGGACGAGGCUCAUCUGUCACGCUCCCUGCUGCGUCCAGCUUUUACGAUGUGACUGGGCUGCAAUUGGGCCGUCGGUAUGGCUUUACUGUGCAGCCCACCUUCGAAAGUGGAUUGGGAACUGAAAGCUCUGUAGAGGAAAACACUGUCUGUGUGGGUGGGCGUCUAGAUGUGGUGUUUCUUGUGCCGGCAUCUACCGAUCGGAUUAGCCUCGCAAGACCACUGCGCCAACUCCUCACAAGUGCAGUAGGGUCGCUCAAUACUAUCGGAGCCCGCGACUCUCAGGUGGGAGUUGUUGUAUACGGUUACCGACCCAAAAGAUGGUUCCUGCUUAAUCGCCAUGGCAGAUCUGACACCCUUCUUCAAGAGAUCCAGUCCACACCUUUUGAUGAAAGUCCCGGGAAUAACAUUGGUGAGGCGGUGACAUACACCCGGCAGUACCUUCUGACCCCUUCAGCUGGACGGAGAGCGAGGGUCCCUGGGGCUGUUGUCAUCAUCGCUGACAAAAAAUCUGCUGACAACCUGACUCUCGCAGCAAGCAGUCUCAGGGCUACAGGUGUGACAGUGUUAGCGGUGGGUAUAGACCAGGCAAAUACCGAGGAGCUGCGCCGGGCGGUGACAGACGGCAGCACCCAAAACAUCCUGUACACUCGUGAUGCAUCACAGUUGGACACCGUAUAUACUGAUCUGGCAGACUUGCUCUGUGGCAUUGCCAGAAUACCAGAGGGUCCAGGUCCAGAUCAGUGCACUGUUUAUUGCUCUGAGAGUGAGAAAGGAGAUCGUGGAGAGAAGGGUGAGAGAGGCAGAGAUGGUGUAGAUGGACAAAAGGGAGAUCCUGGUCGUGAUGGUGUGCCUGGGAGGGAAGGCCCCAGAGGACCUGAAGGCCGCCCAGGUCCACCAGGCCAAACUGUCACUAUUGAGCCCUCAUUGGAAGUGAAAGGAGAAAAGGGGGAGAGAGGUUUUCCUGGCAUUGAUGGAAAUCCAGGGUUGCCGGGACGACCAGGUUCCCCUGGAAAUGCAGGAGUCCCGGGUUCACAGGGCCUACCUGGUAUCAGAGGAGAUCCAGGUGAACCAGGUGUGACAGGGCUACAAGGGUCAAAAGGCAGUAAGGGUGAAAGGGGUGAACCAGGCUCAACAAUAUCAGGAGGGGGUCUUCCAGGGAGGAAAGGAGAGGCAGGCAUCCCGGGAAUACCGGGUACUCCUGGCCGGCCAGGCAGUGAUGGGGUAAAAGGUGCUGUUGGAGAUCCGGGGAUACCUGGUCAAGAUGGUCGCCCAGGUUUACCAGGAACACCAGGAACCUCCACCAAGGGAGACAAGGGCAGCCCAGGAGAGAGGGGACUUCCAGGAGUCGGCAGCGGGGUGGCCGUGAAGGGCGAGAAGGGCUCCCCAGGUACUCCAGGGGCUCAGGGUCCUAGAGGGCUACCAGGACUACAGGGCAGCAAAGGAGACAAGGGCGAUGGUGGUGAUGGGGCGCCGGGACCCCCAGGCAGGCAAGGAGAGCCUGGGGACAGGGGACCCCGUGGGCCUCCAGGAGAAAUUGGUGGAAAGGGUGACCGAGGACAGCCAGGUGAGCCUGGAGCACAGGGAGACAGGGGGGAGCGAGGACCAGCUGGUGAAACUGGGGAGAGAGGGGACCCAGGGAAGCCGGGCAGUGCAGGAACACCAGGGUUGAGAGGUUUACCAGGGCCCAGUGGACCAUCAGGAGAAAAGGGAAACGAAGGUGCACGCGGGGAGCCUGGCAGAAGUGCUCUUGGUUUGCCUGGGAAGAAAGGGGAUCAGGGGGAACGAGGCCUGGCUGGUCUGGAGGGGGGCAGGGGAGACAAAGGAGAGAUGGGACAGAAAGGAGAGAAAGGGUCUUCAGGGUCGGGAGGGUCAGCUGUUGGACCUAAAGGAGAGCCAGGAGAGAGAGGACUUGCUGGUGUCAAUGGAAGGCCGGGUGCCAAGGGAGAUCCUGGUGAACCAGGAGAGAGGGGGGAGAAUGGGCGGCCAGGAACCCCAGGAAAGCCUGGUCCUCCUGGGAAAGAGGGGGAGAGAGGAGAGAAGGGUGAUGAAGGCACACCUGGGGAGUCUGGACUCCCAGGGAAGUCCGGAGAAAGAGGACUGAGGGGACUGGCUGGUCAACCAGGACGAGCAGGAGAGAAAGGAGACAUAGGAGACCCAGGAGAGUCGGGACGAAAUGGCAGCCCUGGACCCGCGGGACUGAGAGGGGAGAAAGGAGACUUGGGACCUCAGGGGCCUCCAGGACCACCAGGAAAAGUGGCAGACGUCCAGGGACUCCUGAGAGGAGAGAGAGGAGAGAAGGGUGAUGCUGGCGACCCAGGAGAACAUGGUAGUAAAGGUCUGAAAGGCGAAGCGGGGACUCCGGGAGCCCCAGGCCUACGAGGUCCUGAGGGACAACGGGGACCUGCAGGCACAAGAGGUGAUACGGGGGAAAGAGGAGUUCCUGGAGAGAAGGGAGAAAGGGGAACGUCUGGGUUAGAUGGACGUCCUGGUCUGGAUGGUAAACCAGGUGCUGCUGGACCACCGGGUCAAAGGGGGGAUCCUGGGAAACAGGGGGAUCCUGGAAGAGAUGGUUUAGCAGGACUUAGAGGGGAACAGGGCCCCCCAGGGCCUGUCGGGCCUCCAGGCACUGCAGGAACACCUGGUAAAGCAGGUGAAGACGGCAAACCUGGUGCUCCUGGAAAAAUGGGUGAGGAUGGUGUGCCCGGUGAAGAUGGGAGAAAGGGUGAUAAAGGAGAACCAGGAGCAGCUGGAAGAGAUGGCCGGGACGGGCAGAAAGGAGAAGGGGGCCUUGCUGGGCCUGUCGGACCCUCUGGCCCUGCGGGGCCUCCUGGAGUACCUGGCAGCAUUGGUCCUCCUGGACAGGUGGUGUAUUUUAAAGGAGUUGAAGCGGCGCCAAUCCCAGGCCCGCCUGGGCCUCCAGGAACCCCUGGCGUACCAGGGAUCCCUGGAGCUGUGGGAGCCAGAGGGGAAAGAGGUCCAUCUGGCCUCAAAGGUGAUGCUGGAGACCCGGGAGAGGACGGGGCACCAGGCAAACCUGGGACACCAGUGGUAAGACAGGCUCUGGCCAACUUUGGCAUUCUGAUGUCUGAUCUGAAGGUGGUUGUGGACAGGAAGGACAUACCACUGACUCCUACAGUGCCAAAGGCAGGGAAAGGUGAAAAAGGAGACGUGGGCGAACCUGGACCGAGAGGACCAUCUGGUGCAGAUGGUGCCCGUGGUUUUCAAGGAGAAAGAGGAGCAAAAGGGGAUCAAGGAGAGCGAGGACCCGUGGGAGCAACUGGUCCUCCAGGUAGAGCCAUUGUAGAGCGAGGGCCAGAGGGACCCCCAGGGCAACCUGGAGAGUCAGGCAAACCAGGAAUACCAGGAGUUCCUGGGCGAGCUGGAUGGACGGAGACCUGGAGGAGGGAGUGGGAGAGUGGACACAUGAGAGAAAAGUUUUAUGGACGGAGAGUUGAUAUAGGUUAAGGAGAGGGAAAUUGACAAGGAAUGUAAGGAGCAUCUGCUGACUCAGUACUGAUUGGUCCGCCUGGGGUCAGAGGCCCACCAGGAAUUGGGGGACAAAAGGGAGAGCCUGGUGCUGCAGGAUCACCGGGGCCUCAAGGAGAACGGGGUUUUGCAGGAUCUCGUGGUGAUAAAGGAGACCGAGGACAGUCUGGAGAAAAAGGACGUGACGGCUCACAGGGAACACCAGGAGAACCAGGAAAACCUGGUCAAGAUGGGAAACCGGGCUUGCCUGGGUUCCCAGGAGUUCUAGGCAGACCGGGAAACCCAGGAGAGACUGGCAUGAGGGGGCCAACUGGCCCAAUGGGUCCCAACGGGCUUCCAGGUCCCCCAGGUGUGAAGGGGAAUCAAGGAGAGCCAGGUGUUGGUGUCCAGGGUCCUCCGGGUGCCCAAGGGAGCACAGGUCUGCCAGGACCAACAGGUACCCCCGGAGCUGUAGGUCCACAAGGCCCUCCAGGACUGUCAGGCCAGGUGGGUGAAGCAGGUAAACCAGGGGUACCUGGCAGAGAUGGUGUGCCUGGAAAAGAUGGAUUACCUGGAUUAUCAGGAAAGCAGGGCAUUGCUGGACCUCCAGGCCAGGCCGGCUUAAAGGGGGAGCAGGGAGACAGCGGCCCCCCAGGGAAGGCUGUGGCUGGACCCCCUGGACCUAAAGGAGAAAGGGGUCUUAAUGGUGCAACACUGCCAGGCACGGCUGGAGAGAGAGGCCUACCUGGAGAAAAGGGUGACAGGGGAGACAAAGGUGCUGUUGGCUACAAAGGAGAGCGAGGAGUGGAUGGUGAGCCAGGGGAGCCUGGAGAUGAUGGGGCACAGGGAUCCCCUGGGCCAAAAGGAGAUAAGGGAGAGAAGGGCAUAGGACUGGCAGGCCCUCCUGGUCGGGUUGGGCCUCAAGGUUUAAAGGGAGAUCCAGGCCUUCCUGGUCCAGCUGGUCCCCCGGGGCUGCAGGGGAAGUCUGGGGAUGCUGGGCAACCUGGCCUGAGAGGAGAAUCGGGACAACAAGGACCUCCUGGACCACCUGGGGAGAGGGGUCUCCAAGGCUUUGCUGGCCGUGCAGGAAAUGUCGGACCUCCUGGUCCUUCUGGACCGCCUGGACAGGCAGGCUCUCCUGGUACCAAUGGUGUCAAAGGGGACAAGGGGGAGGUUGGCAUCGGAGUCUCCGGCCCCCGAGGAGAGAGAGGAGAUGCAGGGCCGAGAGGAGAGGAGGGCCGUCCUGGCUUGGAUGGGGAGAGAGGGGCAACGGGUACCCCAGGGAUUCGUGGUAUUCGGGGAGAAAAGGGAGACGUGGGGCUGCAAGGUGACAAAGGAGAGAAGGGGGACACUGUGCUGGUGGGAGGACCUGCUGGAGAAAAGGGCAACAAAGGAGAAACAGGUGACAGGGGACCCAAAGGUGUGCAGGGAGAAAAGGGGGGGAAGGGUCAAGAGGGUCCUGUAGGGGAGCAGGGUCUUAGGGGAGAGCCUGGAGAAAGAGGAUCCACUGGGUUCCCGGGUGCCCGUGGCCCUGGUGGACAGAAGGGAGAAGCCGGCCAACCUGGAGUACCUGGUGAAUCGGGUUUACCAGGAAAGGACGGGCUGCUGGGGCAGAGGGGUGAAAAGGGAGAACUUGGCAUUGUCGGACUGAGAGGAAUCAAGGGUGACCGAGGACCCAAGGGGGCUUGUGGAGGCGAUGGCCCUAAAGGAGAGAAGGGAGAUGCUGGUAUUAAUGGACGAUCAGGCCUACCGGGAAGAAAAGGCGAACAGGGGGAAAUCGGACCAUCUGGAGCCCCAGGGACCCCCGGGAAAGAGGGACUAGUCGGUCCCAAGGGUGACCGUGGUUUUGACGGGCUUGCAGGACCCAAAGGAGCUCAGGGAGAGAAAGGUGAACGGGGUACGCCUGGCGUACCUGGUCCUCCUGGUCCCAGAGGAGUGGAUGGGGUCCAGGGCUUGACUGGCCCUCAGGGACCAGCUGGUGCGAAAGGCCCGGAGGGCCUCCAGGGACAAAAGGGAGAGAGAGGUCCAAUCGGUCCUGCCAUGAUUGGUCCACGCGGUAUUCCAGGGAUCCCGGGGGAACGAGGAGAAGCGGGAGAGUUGGGCCCAGAUGGAGCCAAGGGAGACAGAGGAGAGCCAGGCAUGACGGAGUAUGAGGUCAGAGAGUAUGUCCGCUCAGAGAUGAGUCAGCACUGUGCGUGUGGAGGUUCAGGUCCAAUUAAUCGGUCCCAGCCCCCGGUCAGGGCUCGGCCUUCACCAGAUCAACAACUGGUCCUGAAGGGGGAGGAGGGCCGUGAGCUGCGUGUGGUGGUGAACACCAACGACCCGGACUACGAGCAUAUCUACUCCAUCGAGGCCUACGACGACCCCUUGGACGAGCUGCUCUACUUCACUCCCUCUGCCAAUCAAAGCGAUGGUGAGGUUGUCAAAGUUGAAACUGACAAAACAGUCAAAGUUGAACCAAACAAAGCAUCCACUGCUGACGUUACGAAAAAAGCAAAAGUUACACUUCUGAAAGCAGUCAAGCCCAGAUCAGUCAGGUCCAAGAGGAGAGUCAAAGGGGAAGCUCCAGCAGACUCAUGCUUGCUGCCCAUGGAGGAGGGGAGCUGUGGACGAUACACUAUGCGGUGGUACUUUAACAAUCAGGUUCAGGCCUGCAGGCCCUUCAUCUACAGCGGCUGUGAAGGAAACGACAACCGCUUCCUCCACCUGGAGGAGUGUGAGGAGCUCUGCCUUGGGGAGACCGAAGGUCCUCGUCCCUUGAAGACAGUCCUAUGAUUGAGGCCAAAUACUCCUCAGCCACUGGAAUCUUAGCCUUUAUAUAGAUUUUAUAGAUUGUUAUUUUGUCAAAUGUCAAUGGUCAUGAUUUGUUUUUGUUUAUUUAUUGUUUCUGUAAACCCAGCCAAACUUUAGCCCAGGUUGAGAGGGGAAACAAGAGUGCCUCAUUAAUUUGUUCUCCAAACCAUGAAAAAACAAAAUAGUUAUACUAUAGUUCUUUUAGGUUAAAAAUACUUGUCUUUUUGUGCGCUAGUACAUUUGCACACUAAAGAAGUGUCUUUGCAUUCACCCUGAUUUUAUCAGUUUAUCUUUACCAUAAUAUUGAGGUACUCCAGUACCUUUAUCUAUUUCAUGUUGCACACAGAUAAUAAAACUUAAUUGAAAGGGAGUGGACAAAUUGCCUGACUCACCUUACAGUGUAGUGAAGUUACAAUCUCGAAGACCUCUGUUUGUUUUUGUCUCACUUCCCAAAAAUCCAAACGGUGUUACCUGUGUGACGUUUACUCGCAACACUAGCAGAGACCAAAAAAUAAAAAACAUGCUUCACACGUGUUGGCUCCUCCUACCCUCUCUGGCAGACUUACCGCUGCUUGGGAUUUUCCUGGGAAUGUCGCCCUAGACAUUCAUCUCUAUAAAUACUGUAGAAAUCUGCAUAUGAAUGCAGUGUGUCUAGGCAACGAGACAAGAUUUUGGUAUUGGAAGCAAUCAGAUUUCAAAUUCUAAUGCGUGAGCGGGCUUUGGUUAAAUGCAGGUAAACGGUUCAUGCAGAGAGCACAAGAGUGUUGGAAAGCAUUGGCCUAAAUGCAAUCUCAGAAACCCGUCUGCUAUCGGCUAGUUUUUUUUCUUCUUCUGAUUUAAAAAAUGAAAUCUGCAUUCUUAUGCAGAUUUCAGUAUAGCAUUGACAAUUCUCAACUCUGUUCUUGUUUGUCAAGUGGCUAUGCAGACCCGCCUCGCCAUUACCCCCAGAAGAUAUAAAUUGUCGUCAGACUGAUAGCCGAUGGGUUCUGAGAUUAAUGGGCCAUAGGCUCAAUCAUCACUGUUUUCACCUUAUUUGGCAAUAUUUAGUGGCUUACCAGACAUUUAUUGAAAUUAAAAUCUUCGAGAUUAUUGCUUCAAGUAAAUACCAAUAUGGCGAAGUUUAUGAUUUUUUUUUUUUUUUAACGGAAAGCACAAACUACACCCUUUUAUAAACUUCAUCAAACUGGUAUAGUAUAUACUGCAAGGAUACUGUGUUGUAAGGUGUUUUAAUUAUUUUGCUCACAGCUUAUAUGGACAGACUGUUUAACCCUUCAUACUACUUAGUGGAGUAGCAAAGUUGGCAGAGUUGUGGUUUCUGAAAAUAUUUUUCUCAUUGUAAACGAGCAUUUGAAAGUCUUCUUUAAAUGAUAAUCUUGCAUAACUGUUAUUUUCCUAAACAUAGAAAAAUAGUAGUCACCAGGAUAAAGUACAUUUUGGUUUAGUAUUUCAGCUUUGUCUUUUGGGUCAGUUUGGUUAGCAAAUGCUGUCAAUAAAUACUGUAGUAUUUAGUAGCAGCCUCUGCAGACAUUGCUAUGGAGAAGACAAAAUUUUUACAUACAUUUUGUAUCCUUACCAACAAUAACAUUGCAUUGCAAAGUACAGAAAGUAUAUAAAUCUAGACCAAAAGUAGAAAAGAAACUAAUGACAACAACUAGCUUCAGCAGCCCUCAACGACUCUGUGAUUGUUUUUUUUUUUACUGCAGUGCUCAUUGGGAGUUGAAAUUAACUUCUACGGUUUUUAUGUACAAUUGACUUUUUAUCAAAGAUUUCUGUUUGAAAAUGAUUGAUUUAACCAGGAGAUUUCCAUCCCCAUCAAAGCCCUAAAGCAUACUCUAACGGCAAGUCACCUAAUACAAUCUGCCGAUAAUGAACAAGGCUUUUAUUUCACGAACCCCAGGUGCGUGAAAUAACUUAAAUAUACAAGUACAUAUACAGUGUAUUGGGUUAUUGUGGAUAAAAAUCAUUUGUAUUAAAUAUGAAGAAUCAAGCACAAUAUUCUGCCAAUCUGUUGUGUAUAUAAUGUUUUUUAUUGUUUGGGGGAAGUUGUGUUUCUUAUUACAACUGCAUGUUUACCUGCCAGAGAAAAGGUGCUAUUUUCAAAGGUAUUUUUAUACUGUGUAUUGAAGAUGGAAGUGUGUGUUUUUGUGUGGUGCUGUAAACCCUUGUUUUUGUAGAAUAAUGGAACAUUUUAAAAGGCAUUUCUAAUAAACCAAAUGUUUGAGUAAAA